AUGUUAUUCGUGCCGAUCCUACGCGAGGGUCACGUGAAUCCAUGUAUCGCUAUCGCGGAGCGCGUGUUAGCCGACGGACACCGCGCGGUGUUUGCGGUGAACAACAUGUGGUCGGGUCGGCUCACCCGCUAUGGCAUCGAAGAGGUACUGUUGACCGAAACGGCUGUACCGACGCGUCCGGCGUCGGGUGUGAGGAACGCGGCCUUAGAUGUGAUGGCUUCGGGUGAGUUCGGCCGCGCGUCGCCCAUAGAGAAGAUGAGGCUCCGGGCGGCGAAUCCGCAGCACUUUAUAACACACGUCCAGUAUAUGGACGCAGCGCUCGAACGCCUGUUGCCCGCCGUUCGGCCCGAUGUCAUCGUUUUGGAUCAGUUGGUGACACUGCCCGCAGCCGAGUUGUAUGGCGUGCCCUGUGUCUGGUCGUGGGCCACGUCGUCACUCAUGAUGAUUGACGAUGAGAGGGCACCGCCCGGACAGUCAGGACUGUCCGCUACGGGAGACCAGAGAUUAUGGCGAGAGUUUCGUCAAGUGGUUAGAGACGUGGCGCGAGACAACUGGCGGGCGUUCAACGACUAUGUGGUCGGCCGGGGCUGCGAACCACUGCCCGAAUACUGUUUCCAUAAGCCCUCCCAUUAUCUUCAUAUAUACAGCUUUCCCCUGGAGUUGGACUAUCAGGACAUCCGUCCGUUGGGUCGGAAUUAUGUUCGCUUCGAUCAUAUGAUGCGAACUGAAGGGCACCAGACAUUCGCUGUGCCGCCAGAGUUGGCCGCAAAGCCCGGAAAGUUGGUGUACUUCUCGAUGGGCACUACAGCGUCGGUCGACGUGUCAAAUAUGCGCCGAUUGGUCGCCAUUUUGGCCAAAUCUCCGCACCGUUUCAUCGUAUCGAUGGGAGCGAAGCAUAAGGAGUACACUUUGGCCGACAACAUGUGGGGCGCGGAGUCUGUGGCUCAGACACUAGUCCUACCACUUGUAGAUCUGGUGCUAACACACGGCGGCAAUAAUACGGUCAACGAAAGUCUAUACUUCGGCCGACCGAUGAUAGCUAUGCCUGUGUUUAGCGAACAAUACGAUAACGCGCAGAGACUGCACGACAAGGGCUUUGGUCUACGACUGGACGCAUACAAGUGCUCAGAAGAGGAGCUGUUGGCCGACAUUGAGUCUCUACUAAACGAUCGCCAAUUGGCUGAACGCUUGGCCAAAGUCUCCCGAAGAAUACAAACCGAUAAUAGUUUGGCAAAAGUGUCGCAACUUAUUGAAGAUUUUGCUCAAAAUCCGCGCAAAUAUAUUGAUUAG